CAGCUUUUCUACUCAUAAACCCUAAACCAUCACCAUUUCCAUCUUCCUUGAAAACUCAAGAGAAAAGAUAUGAACACCUAUUGUUCACCCAAAACCCAGAAAAAAUGGAUCUAAUUGACGGAGUUAUUAUCAGUCAUCAUUUCCUACCAAAGAUGCUCGUUUUCCUUCGCAGUCUCUUCCACGCUGGUCGCAGAGCCUCUCACCGUGUAAGCCCUUUCUCUCCCAACCCUCCAAGCCCCACUGACCCAUUUUUCAAUGCUUUUCCUGUUUCAUCAUCAUAUGCUUCUUCGCUUUCUUGCCCUUUAAUUUGGUUCACCGGCUUCCUUUUCAUAAUCAGAUACCCUUUUGUCUCCAUAUCAGGCUCCAAUAGUUUUUUUGAUGAUUUAAGUAAAGAAUCAAUGCGUAAUAUUAUUCAACUAGAGCAGUGGGAAGAUUAUAGGAUUGUUAGUUUGCUUGAUUUGGCGCUGGCGCCGAUAUGGGUGUCUAAGGUUUUGGUGGAAUUAAAAGGGGAUCCUAGGUUAGCUUUGAGGUUCUUCAAAUGGGCCAGAACCCGAAGCGGGUUUCGCCACACCACGGAAUCUUAUUGUGUCUUGAUUCAUAUAUUGUUUUAUGCGAGAAUGUACUUUGAUGCAAAUGAUAUUUUGAGAGAGCUGGUUUUGUUGAGGUGGGUUUUGCCGGGUUGCCAUGUGUUUGACGUGUUGUGGUCCACAAGGAAUGUUUGUGUUCCGGGGUUUGGAGUGUUUGACGCUUUGUUUAGUGUUUUGGUUGAGGUGGGAAUGCUCGAGGAAGCAAGCCAGUGUUUUUUGAGGAUGAGGAAAUAUAGGGUUUUUCCGAAAGCACGGUCUUGUAAUAUGUUUUUGCAUAGUCUUUCAAAGUCAGGGAAGGGGGAAUUAUCGAGGAAUUUUUUUAAGGAUAUGGUUGGGGCUGGGAUUUCACCUUCAGUUUUCACAUAUAAUAUAAUGAUUGAUUAUUUGUGCAAAGUAGGAGAUUUGGGAGCAGCUAGAAGCUUGUUUGAACAAAUGAAGCGCAUUAGCGUUAUGCCAGAUAUUGUCACGUAUAAUUGUCUUAUUGAUGGGUAUGGAAAGGUUGGAUUAUUAGAUGAAUCGGUUUCUAUAUUUGAAGAAAUGAAGUCUGCAGGUUGUGAACCUGAUGUAAUAACGUAUAACGCUUUAAUUAAUUCUUUUUGUAAAUUUGAAAGAAUGCCUCAAGCAUUUGAGUUUCUACAUGAGAUGAAGAUCAAUGGGUUGAAACCAAAUGUUGUAACUUAUAGCACAUUAAUUGAUGCUUUUUGUAAGGAAGGGAUGAGGCAAGAGGCGAUUAAAUUUUUUGUGGACAUGAGACGAGUUGGUCUUUUACCCAAUGAAUUUACUUACACUUCUUUGAUAGAUGCAAAUUGUAAAUUAGGUCAUCUAAAUGAUGCUUUGAAGCUGGCUAAUGAAAUGUUGUGGGCAGGAGUUAAAUUGAACAUUGUUACCUACACAGCUUUACUGGAUGGCCUUUGUGAAGAUGGGAGGAUAAAGGAAGCAGAAGAAGUUUUUAGGACAAUGCUGAAGGCUGGAAUAAUUCCUAACCAGCAAACUUAUACUGCCCUUGUUCAUGGGUAUACUAAGGCUAAGAAAAUAGAGAAUGCUAUGGAAAUUUUGAAGGAAAUGAAGGAGAAAAGCAUCAAAGUGGAUAUUAUGCUGUAUGGGACCAUCAUUUGGUGUCUGUGCAGCCAAAAUAAGUUUGAAGAAUCUGAACUUGUAAUCAAUGAAAUGAACUGUCAUGGUGUAAGUGCGAAUCAUUUUAUAUACACAACACUUUUGGAUGCUUACUUCAAGGCAGGGAAAACUGCAGAGGCACUCAAUCUGCUACAAAAAAUGCAGGACUUGGAUAUUGAGGUCAAUAUUGUUACUUAUUGUGCACUAAUUGAUGGUUUGUGUAAGAACGGAUUGGUUGAAGAGGCAAUUAAGUAUUUUCAUUGCAUGAAUGACAUUGGUAUCCAACCUAAUGUUGCAGUUUAUACAGCACUUAUUGAUGGUCUUUGUAAAAAUAAUAGCAUUGAAGCAGCCAAGAAGCUGUUUGAUGAAAUGCUGUACAAGGGUAUGAUUCCAGAUAAAAAUGCUUACACCGCUUUAAUUGAUGGGAACUUGAAGCACGGAAAUCUUCAGGAAGCUUUGGACCUGCGAGACAGAAUGAUUAAUAUGGGUAUGGAGCUUGAUCUGCCUGCCUAUACUUCCUUGAUUUGGGGAUUUUCUCAAUGUGGUCAGUUGCAACUUGCAAAAGAGCUUCUUGAUGAGAUGAUUGGGAAGGGUAUCCUUCCUGAUGAGAUUCUUUGUAUUUGUCUAUUGAGGAAGUAUUAUGAACUGGGAAAUAUGAAUGAAGCCAUUGAAUUGCAAAAUGAAAUGGUGAAAAGGGGUCUAAUUGCUGGCAGUCGUGAUUGUGCAGUUCCUAAUUUGCAAACUUGAGAGAUAAUAAUGUUUCACCAUCCUUACUUUGAUGGGGCUUCGUAAAAAAAUUGAAUCGGAAGCACAUGAUGGUUUUCCUUUUCCUAAAUGGAGGUAUAAGAACCCAAGGGAUACAAAGUUCCUCAUGGGCGUCUGACUGUAUGGAAUGACAUUGCCAAGUUGUGUUUUGACGGUUUUUGAUGAAAUAGGCUGUUGCUGAUACUCGAUGUGUAUCACAUCUAAAGAUCUUUUUGUGGUCUCAUCAUGCAAAUUUGUCCACUGGAUGCGAUUUUAGUCUGAUGUUCUCAUGCGAUCUUCAGCAGAAAACCCAGAUUAUUUACGUCUGGUUUAAUUACCUUAAACUUUCUGUCAAGCUGGGUGGUUCCUGAGUUGGAAGAAAGAUAUGUCUGGGCUCAAGGUUCAGCACAAAAGUGAAAGUGAAAGCAAUAUGCAUCCGAGGAUGUAAACAAUAUUAGUUGAGUUGGUUGUUGCUCUGAUUGCUUGGACAAGCAAGGUGAGCAAUGUCGAUGGCCUAGAUUUAGCUGCCCAAUUGCAUGACCAAUAAGGAUCAACCAUGUAGAGAAAAGCUUUGGCUGCACUCGAAGACGAUGAAUCCCCAUUUUCAUCAAAACAGGAAGGAAAGUCUACCUCAAAUCACUGAAGGUGAAUUCAAGCACCCAUCACCCAAAUGCUUCAAAAUCAGCUUCUCAGCGCAUCAACUUGAUCUGGGUGUCUGGCUUUUGAAGCCCGCACUUGAAUAUGAGCAAGAGAGAGAGAGAAGACUCAAAUUUGCUUCACUGGCAAAGUCCCUGCCAAGUCCAAGAUGACUCGAAAGAAAAAUAGGCUUAGAAAUAAUAAAGAAAGAAGAGGAAGAAUGGGUAAUAAAGAGAGAGAGACAGCAGCUUGCUAAGUCACAUGGUGGGGAAAAACGAAGAAAUGACAAUUACUGGGUAUUUGCUGGAUUUGGGUAUUUCCAGAUUCACGCAUGGAGAGAGAGAGCCCUCGCCGGAGUGGAUUUGGCUUGUCUCAAACUCUCAUAUUUUCUUUUUUCUUCUAGAUAAUUUUCACGCCUUUUUUUUUUUUUUUUGUGAAUAAUUUUCACAGCUUAGUUGUUAAAGAUUAAAAUUAACAUUUUGACUUAUCUAAUUUGAGAUUUCAUAGGAUUAAAAUUUGGGUUAUCUUAAUUAUUGCAGGCUGUAGCAUUGUUUUGGCUUGUCUCAUACUCUCAUGCUCAGCAUUAUUGUAGUUGGGAGCCUACGGCAUUUUGUUAGGAGAAACAAUUCAUGCUCAAAGGACAUAUAUGCCAAGUUUGAGCACCCAAUUUUGUUUCAUAUGCGAGCACUGCCGAUUGCCUUGAUCUAGCUGCCCAAUGGCAUGACCAGCUAGUUUCAAGCAUCUACAGAAACAAAAUAGCGAUUUGGUGAGACCGUGGAAAGUGAGAUGAGGAGAUUACAUGGGUAGAGAUCCAAGCUGCUACAUCCUCAACACUGAUCCACUGCUGCUGUGCUGCUGUGGCUGUUGAAGGAGAAUAUGGAACAAAAUCUUGACUUGCUGCCGCCUUCAUUACAGUGCAAGUUCUUUUUCUGUACCUUCAAUACUCUUAUUAUAUCCUUUGAAAACAUUUCUACAUUCUUGAAACUAAUUCCAUUGAGUAAUAAUAACAGAGACAUGCUAAACUUUCAAAAAAAAUCUCCAAAAUUUGCUUCUCAAAUAAUGUGUCAAAAUUCUAUCUAAUCAAUUCUUCUGGAAAAUGUGUCAUCAUAUGAUAAAAUUGCGAUACAUCAUUUGGAAAACAAAUUUUGGAGAAUUUUUUUGGGAAGUGUAGCAUUCCUCAUAAUAAUAUUAUAUUUGAGGCGAUAAUAAAACAAUUGUUGACUCCAUUCCUUGUAAAUAGUCAUAUAGGUAAUAAAGGAGAUCAUAACAUUAAUGUGUAUACAUGCUUAUUUUGUUAAUAGCUCUUCAUCAGU